AUGUCCCGCUCUAUGUUGGACAUGAAGGAGUUUGGGGAGGCAGCGUCCUUCCUGCGCAAGAGUGACCUGGAGCUGCUGGCCGCACAAACGGUGGCCUUCGACGGUAAGAAGAAGGCAUGGGUCCCUGAUGACAAAGAAGCUUAUGUGGAGGUGGAGAUCAAGGAACUCCAAGGCGACAAGUACAUAGUGGAGACGAAGGAUGGAAGGAUCCUCACGGUGAAGGAGGGAGACAUCCAGCAGAUGAACCCCCCCAAGUUCGACAUGAUCGAGGACAUGGCCAUGUUGACACACCUCAACGAGGCCUCCGUGCUCUACAACCUGCGCCGCCGCUACAGCAACUGGAUGAUAUAUACCUACUCGGGGCUCUUCUGUGUGACGGUCAAUCCGUACAAGUGGCUGCCCGUCUACACGGCCCCAGUGGUCGCCGCCUACAAAGGCAAGCGCCGCUCUGAAGCCCCGCCCCACAUCUACUCCAUCGCGGACAAUGCCUACAAUGACAUGUUGCGCAAUCGAGAGAAUCAGUCCAUGCUCAUCACCGGAGAAUCCGGUGCUGGAAAAACUGUAAACACGAAACGUGUAAUUCAGUAUUUUGCCAUUGUGGCAGCCCUGGGCGAUGCAUCCAGCAAGAAAGCACAGGGGCCUGCCACCAAAACUGGGGGGACCCUCGAAGACCAAAUCAUCGAGGCGAAUCCGGCCAUGGAGGCUUUCGGCAACGCCAAAACGCUGAGGAACGACAACUCGUCCCGUUUUGGCAAGUUCAUUCGAAUCCACUUUGGGCCAACGGGGAAACUGGCCUCCGCUGACAUCGACAUCUACCUUCUGGAAAAAUCCAGAGUGAUAUUUCAGCAGCCAGGAGAAAGGAGCUACCACAUCUACUACCAGAUAGUCUCCGCCAAGAAGCCAGAGCUCUUGGACAUGCUCCUCGUGUCCAACAACCCCUACGACUACCAUUUCUGCUCUCAGGGGGUCACGACCGUGGAGAAUCUGGACGACGGCGAGGAGCUCCUGGCCACAGACAAUGCCAUGGAGAUCCUGGGCUUCAGCACCGAGGAGAAGUACGGCUGCUACAAAUUAGUGGGCGCCAUCAUGCAGUUCGGCAACAUGAAGUUCAAGCAGAAGCAGCGUGAGGAGCAGGCAGAGGCGGACGGCACUGAAAGUGCUGAUAAAGCCUCGUACCUGAUGGGUGUCAGCUCAGCUGACCUCAUCAAGGGGCUCCUGCACCCACGGGUCAAGGUGGGCAACGAGUACGUCGUCAAGGGUCAGAACGUCGAGCAGGUGAACUAUGCCGUGGGCGCUCUGGCCAAGGCCACCUACGACCGCAUGUUCAAGUGGCUGGUGGGACGAAUCAAUAAGACCCUGUACACCACCCUGCCGCGCCAGUUCUUCAUAGGGGUGUUGGACAUCGCUGGCUUCGAGAUCUUUGAGUACAACAGCUUUGAGCAGCUGUGCAUCAACUUCACCAACGAGAAACUGCAACAGUUCUUCAACCACCACAUGUUCAUCCUGGAGCAGGAAGAGUACAAGAAGGAGGGCAUCGAGUGGACCUUCAUCGACUUUGGCCUGGACCUGCAGGCUUGCAUUGACCUCAUCGAGAAGCCCUUGGGGAUUUUGUCCAUCCUUGAAGAGGAGUGCAUGUUCCCCAAGGCCACAGACACCAGCUUCAAGGCAAAGCUGUAUGACAACCAUCUGGGCAAGUCGCCCAACUUCCAGAAGCCUCGUAUGGACAAGAAGCGCAAGUACGAGGCCCACUUCGAGCUGGUGCACUAUGCUGGAGUGGUGCCGUACAACAUCAUCGGCUGGCUGGACAAGAACAAAGACCCGCUCAACGAGACUGUGGUGGCCAUCUUCCAGAAGUCGUCCAACAAGCUUCUCGCGAGCCUCUACGAGAACUACAUCAGCUCUGAAGCAGCGGCCGAACACAAAGCGGGCACCAAGGAGAAGAGGAAGAAAGCCGCCUCUUUCCAGACGGUGUCGCAGUUGCACAAGGAGAACCUGAACAAGCUCAUGACGAACCUGCGGUGCACCCAGCCCCACUUUGUGCGCUGCAUCAUCCCCAACGAGACUAAGACUCCAGGGGUCAUGGAUGCCUUCCUCGUACUUCACCAGCUGCGCUGUAACGGCGUGCUGGAGGGAAUCCGUAUCUGCAGGAAGGGCUUCCCCAACCGCAUCCUCUACGCAGACUUCAAGCAGCGGUACCGCAUAUUGAACCCCCAUGCCAUCCCGGACGACAAGUUCGUGGACAGCAGGAAGGCGGCCGAAAAGCUGCUGGGCUCACUGGAUAUCGACCACAACCAAUACAGGUUCGGGCACACCAAGGUGUUCUUCAAAGCGGGGCUCCUGGGUCAGCUGGAGGAGAUGCGGGAUGAGCGACUGGCACGUGUGCUCACCCUGCUACAGGCUGCCAGCCGGGGCAAGCUCAUGAGGAUGGAGUUGCAGAGGAUGCUGGAAAGGCGGGAUGCUAUAAUGAUCAUCCAGUGGAAUAUCCGGGCCUUCCAUGCAGUAAAGAACUGGCCAUGGAUGAAGCUUUUCUUCAAGAUCAAACCCCUGCUGAGGAGCGCAGCCACAGAGAAGGAGAUGGCAAACCUGAAGGAAGAGUUCCUCAAGUUGAAGGAGGCACUGGAGAAAAGUGAGGCCAAGCGUAAAGAACUGGAAGAGAAGCAGGUCACUUUGGUCCAGGAGAAAAAUGACCUCUCCCUGCAGCUCCAGGCUGAGCAGGACAACCUAGCAGAUGCUGAGGAGCGCUGCGACCAACUGAUCAAGACCAAGAUCCAGCUGGAGGCCAAGGUGAAGGAGUUGACAGAGCGACUGGAGGAUGAGGAGGAAAUGAGUGCCUCUGUCCUCGCCAAGAAACGGAAGCUGGAGGACGAGUGUGCGGAACUCAAGAAGGACAUUGAUGACCUGGAGAUCACACUGGCCAAGGUGGAAAAGGAGAAGCAUGCCACAGAGAACAAGGUGAAAAACCUGGUUGAGGAAAUGGCAGCACUGGAUGAGACCAUCCUAAAGCUGACCAAGGAGAAGAAGGCAUUGCAGGAAGCACACCAACAGACUCUGGAUGACCUUCAGGCAGAAGAGGACAAGGUCAACGUCCUGACAAAAGCCAAAGCCAAGCUGGAGCAGCAGGUUGACGAUCUGGAGGGUUCCCUGGAGCAAGAGAAAAAGGUGCGCAUGGACCUGGAACGAGCCAAGCGCAAGCUGGAGGGGGAUCUCAAGCUCUCCAUGGAGUCUGUCAUGGAUCUGGAGAACGAUAAGCAGCAGCUGGAGGAGAAGCUAAAGAAGAAGGACUUUGAGAUGAACCAGAUCAACUCCAAGAUUGAAGAUGAGCAGGUGCUGGUGGCUCAGCUGCAGAAGAAAAUCAAGGAGCUGCAGGCACGUAUUGAGGAGCUGGAGGAGGAACUGGAGGCUGAGCGGGCUGCCCGGGCCAAGGUGGAAAAGCAGCGGAGCGAUGUUACCCGGGAGCUGGAGGAGCUCAGCGAGAGGCUGGAGGAGGCAGGGGGGGCCACAGCUGCCCAAGCAGAGAUGAACAAGAAGCGGGAGACGGACUUCCUGAAGCUGCGGCGUGACCUGGAGGAGGCCAUGCUGCAUCACGAGGCCACGGCUGCUGCCCUGCGAAAGAAGCAUGCUGAUAGCGUGGCCGAGCUGAGCGAGCAGAUCGACAGCCUACAGCGCGUCAAGCAAAAGCUCGAGAAGGAGCGGAGCGAGGCAAAAAUGGAGGCUGAUGAUCUGGCCUCCAACUUAGAGCAGCUCUCCAAGAAUAAGGCAACCUCUGACAAGCUGUGCAGAGCUUAUGAGGACCAGCUGAGCGAGUCCAAGGCCAAGGUGGAGGAGCUCCAGAGGCAGCUUAGCGAGGUCACUUCUGGGCGAGCCAGGUCUCAGGCAGAGAGCUCUGAGUUCAGCAGGAGACUGGAUGAACGUGAGACCCUUGUCACCCAGCUACAGCGCACCAAGAACUCUCUCUCCCAAAAUGUGGAGGACCUCAAGAGGCAGCUGGAGGAGGAGAACAAGGCAAAGAAUGCCUUGGCUCAUGCUCUGCAGUCCUCACGGCACGACUGCGACCUGCUGAGGGAGCAGUAUGAGGAGGAACAGGAGGCCAAGUCUGAGCUCCAGCGUUCCCUGUCCAAGGCCAACGCUGAGGUGGCCCAGUGGAGAACGAAGUACGAGACCGAUGCUAUCCAGAGGACCGAGGAGCUGGAGGAAGCCAAGAAGAAGCUGACUAUACGCCUCCAGGAAGCCGAGGAGGGAGUAGAGGCUUCCAAUGCUAAGUGCUCCUCCCUGGAGAAGACCAAGCACAGGUUGCAGACGGAGAUCGAGGACCUGGUUGUAGACCUGGAGAGGUCCAACUCGGCUGCUGCCGCCCUUGACAAGAAGCAGCGGAACUUUGACAAGGUGCUGGCUGAGUGGCGCCAGAAGUAUGAGGAGUGUCAGUCAGAGCUGGAGGCCUCGCAGAAGGAGUCACGCAGUCUGAGCACAGAGCUCUUCAAGCUGAAAAAUUCCUAUGAAGAGGCUCUUGACCAACUGGAGACCAUAAAACGAGAAAACAAGAACCUUCAAGAGGAAAUUUCCGACCUUUCUGACCAGAUCAGUCAGGGUGGAAAGACCAUCCAUGAGCUGGAGAAGAUAAAGAAGGGCCUGGAUCAGGAGAAGACUGAAAUCCAGGCAGCAUUAGAGGAAGCCGAGGGCACUCUGGAACAUGAGGAGAGCAAGACCCUUCGCAUCCAGCUGGAGCUCAACCAGAUCAAAGCUGAGGUUGACCGGAAGAUGGCGGAGAAAGAUGAGGAAAUAGACAACCUGCGCCGGAACCACCAGCGUGCCCUGGAGUCCAUGCAGGCCACCCUGGAUGCAGAGGCCAAGUCCCGGAAUGAGGCCCUCAGGCUUAAAAAGAAAAUGGAGGGAGACCUCAAUGAGAUAGAGAUCCAGCUGAACCAUGCCAAUCGCCAAGCUGCUGAAGCCCAGAAACUGGUGCGUCAGCUGCAAGCUCAAAUCAAGGACCUUCAGAUCGAGCUGGAUGACACCAUCCACAAGAACGAUGACCUCAAAGAGCAGGUGGCGGUGACAGAACGUCGAAACCAGCUGCUGUCCUCUGAGGUAGAGGAGCUUCGCGGCCUACUGGAGCAGAGCGAUCGUGCCCGUAAACUCGCCGAACACGAGCUGAUGGAAUCCACCGAGCGCGUCAACCUACUACACUCCCAGAACACUGGACUUAUCAACCAGAAGAAGAAGCUGGAAAGUGACUUGACUAUGCUAUCUGGCGAGGUGGAUGAGGCUGUGCAGGAGUGUCGCAAUGCUGAGGAGAAGGCCAAGAAGGCUAUCACCGAUGCAGCCAUGAUGGCAGAAGAGUUAAAGAAGGAGCAAGACACCAGUGCCCACCUGGAAAGGAUGAAGAAGAACAUGGAGCAGACCAUCAAGGACCUGCAGCAUCGUCUGGAUGAGGCUGAGCAGAUAGCCCUCAAAGGGGGCAAGAAACAGAUCCAAAAGCUGGAGGGCAGGGUGAGAGAACUGGAAAACGAGUUGGAGGCUGAGCAGAAGAAGAGUAACGAGUUCCAGAAAGGAGUACGCAAAUAUGAGAGAAGGAUCAAGGAACUCACCUAUCAGACAGAGGAGGACCGCAAAAACCUGGCACGUCUCCAAGAUCUCAUUGACAAGCUGCAGUCCAAGGUGAAGACCUAUAAGCGCCAGGCCGAGGAAGCGGAGGAACAGGCCAACACCAACCUGUCCAAGUUCAGGAAGGUGCAACACGAGCUGGACGACGCAGAGGAACGGGCUGAAAUGGCCGAGUCACAGGUCAACAAGCUGCGCAUUCGCACCCGUGACCAAGGGGGGAAGAUUGCAGAGUGAACAUCCCUCACCCCCACUCAUCUGCGCAACUGACCAGCUGCCAGUUGUGUGAGAGUCCUGUUGCUUUUGUCAUUUAUGCAAAUCUAAGCAAUUCUGUUUGCAUUCUUUCAGCUUUUCAUUAAGUUUAUCAAAGUGCAAGUCUGUUCGAGCAGCAAUACGGCAUACAUUUAGAUUCAAAUAUCUUGCAUCCAUAUAAUAUGGACUAUCCAAAGAUUAGUUACAGUAACAUACCUUGCACCCAAAGAUAGCUUUAAUUCCUUCUGGCAAGCCACUGCCACCUUCUCGAAUUCACAUCCUGAAAUAAGCUCUAUCCC